AUGGCGCCGUCUCCCGAGAUUCAAGAGCAUGAGGCAUCAUCUAGGGCCACAGAGAACAACAAUGGUGAGAGCAUCGUGCUUGAACAUAUCGAUUCCAAACGACCUCAAUCUAAACACGAUCAGCAUGAUAGCCAAACUACUCAAGAUAUCAUCGCUGAGCCACCGCGCGAAUAUCUUAAAGGAUGGAGAUUAUACGUCCUAACUUUCGCAUUAUGCCUAUCCCUAUUCUUAUCGACGUUAGAAACAACAAUAGUCAGCACAUCUUUAAUAUCUAUCACGAAUGCUUUAGGAGACUUUGAGCAGCGAGAUUGGGUCGUCACCGCCUAUCUCAUCACAUAUACAGGUUUCUUAGUCGUGUAUGCAAAAUUCAGUGACAUCCUAGGACGCAAGUUAUUGAUAUUGGUUGCCAUCGCGUUCUUCACUAUAUUCUCAAUCGUAUGCGGCUCGAUCUCAAAUAUGAUUCAGCUGAUUGUGUUUCGGUCUUUGCAAGGUGUAGGAGCAUCGGGAAUAUAUGCGAUGGUGACAGUCAUCCAGCCCGAAUUGGUACCCCCUGAGAAAUGGGGCAACUACAUCGCCGUCGUCUCCUUAGUUUCUGUUCUUAGUUCGGUCCUCGGUCCCAUACUUGGCGGUGCAAUUAACGACCAUUCUUCAUGGCGAUGGGUUUUCCUCCUAAAUGCCCCUGCCGGUGUAGCGGCCACUGCUUUAAUAGCCUUUGUCAUGCCAACUCACUUUCCAAACCUCGACAACCCGACUGUUCGAUUGACAUUUCGAACCAAAAUAACGCGGGCCUCACUCCGCCGACUUGAUGUUCUCGGAGCGAUCCUGCUACUCUUUUCAUCUGCUCUAAUUGUCUUUGCCUUUGAGGAAGCUGGGUCUCGAUACAGUUGGAAAAGCCCAGCUAUUUUAAGUACGAUCAUAAUCGGCGGAGUCCUUUUCAUUGGGUUUAUUGCGUGGGAAAAGGUCGUCGAUGGACCGAGAGCAGCACAAGAGCCCAUAUUUCCCCUUCGGUUAAUGAAGGAUCGUAUGUUUAGUGCCCUUAUACUGAUUGGACUAUGUACGGGACCCCCUUUCAUGACCGUUCUAAUCAAUCUCCCACAACGCUUCCAAGCUGUCGACGGAGCCAGCGCAUUUGAAGCGGGUAUCCAUCUCCUACCACUUCUACUUGCUUCUCCGGUGGCCACAGUUGUAGCUGGACAAUUUGCUGGAAAAUUCAAGGUUCCCCCCUUUUACAUUCUCCUAUUUGGAGCAUCUAUGCAAUUGCUUGGAAUUGGUCUUGCUAGUUCGAUCUCAUUUACAAGCGGGAAAGCUAUGUACGGCUAUGAGGUCAUAAUGGGCUUUGGCUUUGGUAUGAGCCUUGUUUCCCUAUUGAUUUUCACACCGAUGGUGGUGAAACGAUCUGAUAUGGCCGUUGCCAUGGGCGCAAUCACUCAAAUAAGGGUACUUGGAGGAACAAUAGGACUGGCUAUCAGCUCAACCAUCCUCAAUAACCAUUUGUCUUCAGACUUGCCAACUCUACUCAGCCCAACAGAUAUCCAACAGAUCUCAGAUUCAGUACAAUACAUUAACACACUUCCUGAUGCUACUCGGGAUGCCGUAAGACAAGUUUUUGCAGAUGGUUACAGCUCUCAAUUGCGAGUCAUGAUGUAUUUUAGUGCCGUUGUUUGGAUAUUCGCUGCAACGCUCUGGGAGCGUAAAUUAAGAAGCGCGGCGACUAUGGAGGGGUAUUGA